AUGAGUAAACUCAACAGCGAGCUACUCGCGCAAGCAGUGGACAACAUCCUGGCGUUCUCUGCGGGUGAGACCGUGACCAUCAAUGGCACGGAGCACAAGGGCAAGAAGCGCAACUUUAACGAAACCAUUGAGCUGCAGAUUGCGCUCAAGAACUACGACCCGCAGAAGGACAAGCGUUUCAGUGGCACGUUUAAGCUGCCGACGGUCCCGCGCCCCAACAUGAAGAUCUGCGUGCUGGGUAACGCCAUUCACUGUGAAAUGGCCGAGAAGGAGAACUUUGAGUACAUGACCGUGGACGACCUCAAGAAGUUCAACAAGAACAAGAAGGCUGGCAAGUUCCCGACACUUGUGACGUCCAACGACUCGCUCACGGAGAAGGCCGAGCAAGUGCGUGCGACGAUCAAGUUCCAGAUGAAGAAGGUCAUGUGCUUGAACGUUGCCAUCGGCCACGUGGGACUCGACAAGCAGAAGAUUGUCGUGAACACGCAGCUGGCUGCCAACUUUUUGGCCUCGCUCUUGAAGAAGAACUGGCAGAACAUCAAGGUGCUGUACCUCAAGUCCACGAUGGGUCCUGCAGUGCAGAUCUUCUUCUAG